AGAAAGAUAACUCUGUAUCAUACUGAUAAAACAAAAAUGUUUCUGUUGGUGUUAAGGCAGUCUUGUAAAAAAGCUGUUACCUAUUGUAAAUUAAAUAGGUUACAGCAGCAAAUUACCUGUAGUUUUAGUUCAUCAAGCAGUGUAGAAGAUGCAGAUAUUGUCAUAUCUGGUGGUGGUAUGGUUGGAGGAGCAAUGGCAUGUGCUUUAGCUCAUAAUGACCUGUUUUCCAAGAAGAAAAUUAUCAUGCUGGAGUCAUCUCCCGAUCGUGAUGCAUUUCAUUUACAAGAGAAGUUCAGCAAUAGAACCUGUGCUCUCAGUCCAGCCACAGUGACGUUGUUGGAUGGUUUGGGAGUGUGGAAUGAAAUUCUUCAAUUACGUUGUCAUCCAGUGAAGAGAAUGCAGGUCUGGGAAUCUUGCUCAGAGUCGCUGAUCACCUUCAACAAUGAAGAGCUGACCAACAGUCUGGCCUACAUUGUGGAGAAUGAUGUCAUCCUCGCUGCCAUAAUGAAACGACUGAAGGCGGCCAAUGUUGUUGAUAUACGCUACAACAGCCAGGCCAAGUCAUUUGUCAUACCAACUCGUGGGGAUUCAUCCUCCAAAAGAAACUCCUGGGUUGGAUUGGAGCUUGCAAAUGGAGAUGUCUUACAGACAAAACUUCUUAUUGGUGCUGAUGGGAUGCAGUCUGCUGUACGUCGUGCUUCAAAAUUCCAUACUUUGGAGAGAGACUACAAACAGUCAGCCGUAGUGGCUACACUGAAACUAUCUGAGAUGACUGACAACACAGUGGCAUGGCAGAGAUUUCUUCCCACUGGGCCUAUUGCUCUUUUACCACUUAGCGACAGUGUGAGUUCAUUGAUAUGGACAACAAGUCAUGAAAAUGCCAAACACCUGCAGAGCAUCCCAGAGGACAGUUUUGUUGAUGCUGUCAAUGAUGCUUUGUGGCAUGAAAGAGAUCAGAAUCAGGCGAUAAACCAGGCUUUGUUAACGUUUAGCAGAGCCGUUCAAAAUGUUAUUCCAGGUGGUGGUUCUGCAAAACAGUUGCCUCCCACAGUGGUUGGAAUAGAAACGGGAAGUCGUGCAGCAUUUCCGCUGAAGCUGAUUCACUCCUCGCAGUAUGUCCGACCACGAGUUGCUUUAAUUGGAGAUGCAGCCCACCGUUUGCAUCCUUUAGCUGGACAAGGAGUGAACCUUGGCUUUGGAGAUGUUGUGUGCUUGAACAAGGUCUUAACAGCAGCUGCUAAGAAUGGCAGUGAUCCAGGUUCUUUGACACCACUGCUGGACUACGAAACGGAACGUCAGAGACACGUCCUCCCUGUUCUGGCUACAAUAGACAGUCUUCAGAGACUGUACUCCACAUCUUUUGCCCCCAUCGUCAUGAUCAGAAGUUUGGGCCUUCAAGCAACUAAUUCUCUGGAUUUUGUCAAGAAAAUGGUAAUCCAACAGGCCUCUACAUGACAAGAAUGUUUGGAGAAGAUGGUACACUCUGUGUAAUGCUGGUGGAAGCCUGGCCUUUUACAAAUAUAAACAGUGAAUCGGAUAUACUAAACAGUACUGAAAUGUGAAAAGAAUCUAUGAACAAUAAAUUAUGAAUGAUGGAAUUUUAAGAGACACUAAUAGACCAUGAGAAGUGGUUCGAUCAUUUUGAGCUCAUAAGCUCUGUCAGUUAUUCCAUCAAUUUUCAAACAGCAGAUUGUCCCAAGCUUAGAAUUAGACCAUAGGUUUUUACUACAAUAUUAACAGCAAUGCAGUUGGCAAACAUGUGCCCAUUCCUUUUCUUUAUGCAAUUAAAUAUGUUUUCAAUCGAA